AUGGCUCAGCUGUCUGCCAGCUGGUCACCAGAAGGGUGGGAUCCCCCCGUGGGGGCUCGGCCCCACACAGUCCCUGCAUGGUGCUGCCCAGGCCGGCUGGCACGGUGAGCGUGAGGCGGCCCUCCUGCACCCACAGCUCCAGGCCAAAGUCUGUAGUGAGCAUCCAGAUCUCCCAAGGGCAGUUUGUGGCUGCCUUCGCAGACAGGGCAGGAGCCACGUGUGGGUCUCCCGAUGACUCAGGGCUCCUCGAAGGCUCUGUUCCAUCAGCCUCCCCACAAUCCUCCCAACAGACCCGUGUGUGUGACAGCUGCUGGUUGUCUCAGAUUGCAAAGCUCACUUUAAGUUGCUGUCCCCCAAGCUGGACUCACCAGCACGUGACCCGCUGUCCCAUUGGGGACCACGAUCUCCUGGCCAUGGGCCAGCAGCCACAGCUGGAACCUCGGCCGCUGACUCGUCCCCCUGCUCUCCACCUUGACUUGGAAGCCAGUCCCAUUGCCGGAGCCCUGGGCCAGGACGUAUGUACAGGGCUGGAGGCGCAGCAGACGCCCGGAGAAUGUCCGCAGGUGCCCACUGGGCCCCAGAUGGCAGGAGGGCCCCAGGCGGGCCUGGCAGUAGUAGAAGGGGUAGGAGGCACGGCACUGCCCUUCUGCCUGGCAUGGCCCCGGCUGGCACUGAACUUUCUGGUCAGCCUGGCACUGGCACUGGUGUUCACAAGUACUGGUAUUCCAGAAGGUGGCACCAAUGGGCAAGAAUUGGGCUGAAGAAAGGCAGCAGCCCACAGGCCCGGAAUCCCCACGUUGCUGGUGGAGGAUAUAUGGAUGAUGGCGGAUGUCCGAGAGCCGGGGAGGCUGAAAUAAUCCUGAGCCGUG